UUUUCCUUGAAAAUGAAAGUGAAAGUAUCCGGAGAAACGAAGUGCGGCAACCGAGCAAAAGGGGAUUUACAGUCGGGGCUCUUCAAUGAAGAAUCAUGGGGUUAAUCUUAAAGAUUCUUAUUUACUCUUAUCUAAGUGCAGGUGUAUGGAGUGUCCAUCAGAUGCAGUGGCUGCCAUGUCAGUUCACUGACGAACAUGUGUUUAUUAAUAAUGAAGGGCACACUGAGACUCAGCUCAUCCACAGAGAGGCGAUGCUGCAGUUUGGUCAGAAAGGAGACGCUCCUGUUAAUCCAAACGCCAUCACUUUCCUGAUUGCCAGCUCAAAGCUGGACCUGCGGCGGUAUGUGGAGGGGGUGGAGGCAGAGCAGCUUGAGUGUGACCUGCGUAGGUACAGCACAGAAGGCAUUUAUGUCCGCUGGCCUGUCAUAGGCGCCCAGGAGUACAACCGCUGGUUCAGCUGCACCCUGAGGCACAGCAGGGGCCUCUUCACCGUCACCGGUUUCCUCAGACACCCGUCUGACGAACCUCCACCAGGAGAGCAGGACUAUCGUAAAUGGCCUCCUAUCGCUGACAGAGAGGUUCUCACCACCACAGUCGCCAUGGCCAUCAAAACAAAGACUCCCUUGGUGAAAGUAGCCUUGAUGUCCCAACCAAAGCUCCACUGCCAGUUUGAUGUUGACCACAAGGGUGCCAAUGUCACCGUGGAGUGGCACUGGCAGCACCGUGGAGAGAGGAAUAAGCUCUUCAGCUACACCAGCCGCGCAGGCCAGACCCAGGGGAGCGGAGUUGGGCUGAAGGCUCUCGCAGCUGGAGAUGCCACCUACACCCUUCCUUUGUCUAAGAUGAGCAGUGAAGGGACCUACAUCUGUUCGGUGUCAGUGACUCCACUGUUCAGCAAUGUGGAUAUAAUUCUGCACAUUGAAGAGCCUCCCCGCGUCACCCUCAAUGUAGGGCCUACCUUGUCACUGCUGGAGGGUGAGGACCAAAAGGUUGUGUGUGAGGCAAACAGCUACUACCCUCUGGACGUGGAGAUAGCUUGGUAUGAGCAAGACCCAGCAGCAUCAGGCCAGCGGGUCGGUGCUCCUCUGCCCAAACUGCUGGAUAAUGUUCUGUUGUCCAGCCACAAGCACAACAAGGAUCAGACCUACUCGCUGUCAGCUUUCUUCUACCUGAAGGCUUCACUCAGGCAAUCCGGGAAGCAGUUUACAUGCAGCGUCUCCCAUCAGUCCCUGAAAGUGCCCAUCAAAAAGCACUUCAUCCUGAAUGUCCAAGAGCCAGGAAGCUGGAUGUUUAUCCUUUGUGUUGGCUUCACUGUGAUCUCACUGUUGGCCAUACUGUUUGUGAUGCUGCGCUAUCUGCACUCAGCAAGGAAGAAUGCAGUGGAGAAGAAGCCAUACUGAGCCACACCGAUGGGCUGAGAAGAACAUCACAACCACCGGUGAGAAGUGCCUCGCUCACUCCUCGCCAUCAUUGUUAUCUGUCUUAAAUGCUUGACUUUUGUUUUUAGGUUUUUUUGGGUUUCUGUGAAACUGAUUAAUUUCUUUUGUGUGUUGCACUGAUUUUGAGUUAAUUUUAUGGACUAAACUUCUGAUGGUCUGAAGUAAAAUACAGUUUCUUUGGCAAACAGUAAAGCAUGUCCGUACAAUCCAUGUUCGAGUUAGAGUGUAACUUAGUGCUCCAAGUCACGUUGUGUCAAUCAUAAAUCUCUGCCCAGUGAAGAGCAGCCCUUGGGUCAAAAUCCUGGCUUUUCUAUACAGUUUGUAACAUUAAAGGCAAUUUUGUAUGUCUAAUAACAAGUUCACAACAUGCAGACUUUGAGACAGUAAGGACAGAAGCAAAGCGCUGGACAAACUGUAUACAGCAAUGUGGGGCUGAUUGAGCGGUUAUAAUCAGAUAUGUAUGUGAUAUGAUCACAUUGCUCUGAAUAAAGGCUGCCUGAGUCAGAACUUUUACUUAUUUUUCCUUAAUCAGUCACUUCUCCGUGUUUGUUACCAGCUUGCACUGCUUCGCCUUCAGUGUGUUCUUGUGCAGAGACCACUGUGCCUCUUCUUCAAUGUCAGCCAAAUGACCUUUAACUUCAGAAAAAAUUAGCAAGCUAGCGCCUGCUGCUGAGCAACAGCCACAGUCACACGUGCAUUCAUCUGAAUGUGCAUCACUAAGACAAAUCUAAAGCCUAGUCAAUAUCAGGCUUAAGUUUGGUUGGUACAACCCAUAUACUGUAUAUAAAAGAUGGAUGCAGCCACUGUGACAUCACCCAUUAGUUUCCCCAUUUUGAAGACUCAGCAUUGGGAUUUUGGCUGAUGUCAGGAUGUUUUUUUAGGAGCCGUAAGUGACAAAAAUGGUUUUUAGUUGGACAUUGUAACAUGCGAGUCUAUGGGGCAUUGAGUUCAUUUUUGAAUCAACCUCAAGUGGCUAUUAGAGAAAUUGCAGUUUUUGGCUUAAUGUUUUCAGCCUUGAAGGGCUGUUGCUUGGUGUGACCAUCAUAAACUGCUUUCUAAAGACUUGUCUUAACAGAAACCAUAUUAACAGUUAGGCUCAGGCUUAGUAAAGACCAGCUGGUGCAACUACCCAGUGUUGAUAAUGCAGUAAUCACUGUUUAAAGGUACCAUGUGGAAUUUUUUUAUUACCAUUAAAGUGCUGUAGAAAUAUUUUUCUGCAUAAGUUUACACACUUUCAUUUUAAACAGUGACUCAAAGCAGAGCUCCAAUACCACAAUGAAAGAGAUGUUUUAUUAGAGUUUAUGGAAUUACAUAAUAUUUUUGAUUAGAAAUGCUGAAAAUAACUGGAGCAUUGGUUAUGUACAAGAAAACUCUCCAGGGCACCUUUAACAAAAUACUGCAUAUCUGUGAUUCUGGUGCAGAAAUCCUGCUGAAUUAUUGCUGAUCAAUGAAAUAAUAAGGGUAACAGUGAGCCUUAAAUGGAUAUAAUAUUAUAUAAUAUUAAAAUGUUUAAUUAAUGCUAUAUUGUAAUAAAUACCACUAAAUUUAUAAUAUGUGGAAUUUUUAUUCUG